GGGCGCCGUGCGCGGGGCGCCGGCUGCAGCGCCCUUCUGUGUGAUGGGCAUGCCCUCGGCAGGUACCUCAAAAGAUCAUUUGUGCAGGGGCUACUGUGAAUUAGGAUCACAGUGAAAUGCUAUCUGACUGAAGAUUUCCUCGCAAGGUGUCCUUCAAGGGAAUUCCCAAUGAGUGCUCCACUCUGUACACUUCAGAUGAGGUGAUGAAGAUGGAGGUACUGCGCCGCUCUUCCGUCUUUGCUGCAGAAGUGAUGGAGGUGUUUGAUCGGACUCCCACUGACAAAGAACUUGUAUCUCAGGCCAAGGUGCUCUGCAGAGACUACAUCCACUCCAGGCUGAUUCGGGCUGGAAUAGGUUGGAACAAACCUGAGCACAGUGCACCUGUUCCUGGUGGCAAGUUAGCAGAAGUGUCCAACAUACUUCUAAGAUUAGGUGAUGAGCUAGAGUACAUUAGGCCCAACUUGUAUCGGAAUGUUGCACGGCAACUAAACAUCUCGCUGCACUCAGAAACCGUGGUGACGGAUGCCUUCCUGGCAGUGGCAACCCAGAUCUUCUCUUCAGGCAUAACGUGGGGUAAGGUUGUGUCCCUCUAUGCUGUGGCAGCUGGCCUCGCUGUGGACUGUGUGAGACAUGCCCAGCCGGCUAUGGUCCAUACCAUUGUGGAUUGCUUGGGAGAGUUUGUACGCAAGACCUUGGUGACGUGGAUGAAGCGACGAGGAGGCUGGACUGAUAUAACAAAGUGUGUGGUGAAUACUGAUCCCAAUCUCCGCUCCCAUUGGCUUGUGGCUGCCAUUUGUAGUUUUGGCCACUUCCUGAAGGCCAUCUUCUUUGUGCUCUUACCAGAAAGAUGAUACCUACCUUGUGAAGCCCCAUCUUCUCCUUCUCAUGGGCACAGCUGACACAGAAAAAGGGAAGUGAUGAGAUGGAGAGCUGUGCAAAUGUACAUUCUGCUCUUCUGGUUUUCCCCAGCUGCCUGAUUGCAAAGACUUUUUUUUUUUUCAGCAAUGGGAAACAUUUCUUCAGCUCACUACUUGUAGUAAGCCCACUUUGUACUUUCAAAGUGGCUUAGGAUCUUAAUAAUGAGGCUGAUCAGCUUGUUAUUUAUGGUUCCCUCUUGUUCAAAUGGCAUAUUUUAUGCAUUAAAAAGCAAGAAAUUCUAGUUGGAGCUGCUGUCAAGAAGAAAACUGUAAUACAUUAAGUGCUUUUUUGUUCUUCAGUUAGUCAGAAACUCCUAACCAUCUCUAAAGCUUGUGUAUUUGAGCACCUGGUUGAUAUUGAUAUUGAUGGAGUUUUCUAAUAGGCCAAAAUUUUUGGUUCUCUGGAGUAACACAACACCCAUAGGUAUGGCUCUUUCUGCCCAACAGGGAAGCAGGCAGGGAUUAUACAACAUGGAUAGCAGGUCUGUCUAUUGUAUCUUAGCAUUCACUUACAUAAGCGAUCAAGGAAAUAGGAGCAGGUGUUAAUAACCCCUCCCCUGGAAUUUUAUGGAAUGGAAGAUGAUGGAGACAUAAAUCUGCAUCAAUAUUUGAAGUAUUUUAGCAGAAGAAAUAUUGCCUAUUUGGAGCGUAAGACAGCUGCAGUCUUGAAAGGUGGUUAAGAAAUACAUAUAAAAGAGGAAAUUUAUGUAGGAUGCAGGAGAUCCCAUCAGAAAAUUGCAUUUCAUGAGGAGAGCAGAAAGAUACAUCAGUGUUUUGUAUCAUUGCAAUGCAUUUACUUUAUGUAAGACUUUUGUUUCUGUUUCUGUUGUGCUAAACAAUAAAUGCAAUUAAAUAUCCCA